AUGAUAUCUACCGACCAUCAAGCAGUUGAGCUUGCGCCCCUGCGUGGGCUUGAUGCGGAAGAUGCUGAGGACAGUUUUCACGCAGAUAGAGUGGUGGAUUUGGAGGACGGGCGACGGAACGACUACGCACACAGCCGGGGCAGAGCAACGUUCUGGACUCUAUGCUCCGCGGUUGCGAUAUAUACAACGAAACGACUGAUGAUUAGCCAUGGCUUCCAUUACCCCCUUGCUAUUGCUUUCCGAUCCUUUGCAGCUUUGGCCGUCGUAUAUAUAGUCGCUCUUCGGGUAGGGUCUGGUUCACGAUAUGGACUACUCAGAUCAGGGGGGAAGGACUUUCUCCCGAACAAACGUUGGGCAGGCAUGAUACCCGCGGCAUUUGCGGCCGCGGCAUCAGUGCCCAUGUUACUAGAAGGGGUACUCCAUAUGCCGAGCCUCCCAGUGAUAGUCAUGGCUUCUCCCGUGGUCUAUGCUGCAGAAUCGCUUGUCUUAUCUAUCUGCUGCUCACCAUCGCGGACUCAGAAACGGCUCCCAUGGGAGGCAAUAGUGGUUGUCAUUGCAUCUUGUGUGGUGCUGUACAACGAGUAUCGUCUCAUGGUGCCGGGCCUUAUCUGGGGGCUUCUUGGUAUUCUAUUCAUUGGGCUUUCCCGAGCCUGCUUCACUAUAGGCUCUGACAGAGCUGGAUUCGAUCAUUCUGGAGAGGCAAAGCUCAAAGCCUACCAUGGCUUCGUCACCAUGACUGUCACAUUUGGCAUGGUUUUCAGUGGAGUUGCCGGGCAUUUCCUCGAGCAUAUUGACUCGAUUUACCCUAUGGACUAUUACACGAUUGCACUAAUGUUCUUGAACAUGCUUUCAAUCAUUGGUACUGGCUUUUCUGGAACGGGCCUCUUGGCUUAUUCGCCCAUCUCGUUCGACAAUCAGCGACACUUCUCCAAUGUCCCCUUACGAGGUGUGGAGUUUGCCGCCGCAUUUCUUUCGAACACCAUUGUUUUACUAGUCGCUAUGUUCUCGGAUCCAGUUCCUGUUGUCUCGUGGGCCCAGCUAGCUGCAUAUCUUAUUUCGUCUUCCUCCUUGCUUGGAGCGGACCAAGUUCAAAGCUUGGUUGUGGGCUUCAUGGGUGGCGCCAAAAAUUCAAGCUCGAAAUCCGCCCCUACCGAAAAGCGAAAGUCAGGCAGGUUACUCCCCAGUCUAGCUCUCGUUGUUAUGAUAACUAUAUCGUCUUGGGCUGGGUCCUACCUUUCUUCGUUAUCCAUCAACUCCAUCGGGAAAAGCUUGCCCAGCGCACUCGAUCUUUCUUACAAGCCCAGUUCGCGUUUCGAUAUCGUUGUCAGUGUGUAUAAUGAGAAUCCAACACUCGUCAAAGAGACACUGGAUGCCAUCAAAUCCACCGCCAUGCUCAGCACAAUCAAGCCGAAUAUAAUCAUCUACUCUAAAGACCCGGAUGCCGAUGUUAAGGAGUUGAAAAAGGCUACUGGUGCCGAUGUUGUGGAAAAGCUUGAGAAUCUAGGUCGGGAAGGAGCCACUUACCUCCACCAUAUCGUUAAUAAAUGGGACAAGCUCGCUGAGCAAACCAUGUUCAUUCAAGCACAUGCACAUAAUAUGCGCGAGCUUAUCCCCAGAAUCAACGACUACCUUGUAACCGAGACCGGUAUGCUGAGUCUUGGAUUUACAGGUAUGGUCUGCGACUGCCAGACUUGUGGUGAUCGUUGGGGGUGGGAAGAUAAAUACAAUACCGUCCCACAGCUAUUCGAACAAAUCUACAGGGAACCCUGCAAUCCUCGGACGCCUAUACUCCUCUCGUACAAGGGACAAUUCGUUGCCAGCGGGAAAAGGAUCAGAGGUAUCAGCAAGAAGAUAUAUGAGGGGCUCUUGACAACGAUUACGAGCAAGGAUGGUGAGAGCCAUAAUGAAACCAUUGUUGGGGAUAAUGUGGAUACCCCUGAUAAUCCAUAUUUUGGAUUUACAGUGGAGAGAAUUUGGGGCUUACUGAUGCAAUGUGCUACCGAUGGCGGUGUUGCUGCCAAGUGCCCAAGUCUUCUGAGUGGUAUGGGAAGGAAUGGCAAAGUUAGUGAUUGUCAGUGCUUGGAUCGAUGA